GUUAAAAUUCAGUUGGAUUGUUUGAUGAAGGGCUUUGUUUUCUAUAUUUCCCAAAAUGGUGAAUAUACUCCUUAAAAAAAUCUUCAGGAGUUAGAUUUUUAUUUACAAUUUAAUUAAAUCAACUGUUUUUCAUUGUUUUCUCUCUUCAUUUUCAAUAAUGUCUUCAACAUCCAAUAUCUAUUUUUCUGAAUGUGAAAGAUUAAAAACCUUUCUAGAAAAUGGAUGGCCUCACUCCUUUUUGAGUCCUGAAGCAAUGGCCAAAUGUGGAUUUUAUUAUACUGGUGUCAAUGACGACGUAAAAUGCCCAUUUUGUAAUGUUGUGGUGUUCAACUGGAGUAAUGGUGAUGAACCCAUUAGAGAACACAUCCGUGCAUCAGGAAGAUGUCGAUUUGUGAAUGGAUACGACGUGGGGAAUAUCUUCAUAGGCGAUGAUCCAAGAGAGAUAUUUGAUUUGACCCCAGGAGAGGAUGUGUGUGGCUUGUUUACACCUAAAAUCACUGAAUCAAAGCAGAUUGAAUCCAAUGAACCUGGUAUACCUUAUUAUGAACCCAGCCAUUUGGACUAUGUCACUUACGACUCACGUCUUGCUUCUUAUAAAGACUGGACAUCUGAACUCAUUUCCCCAACAAAACUAGCUGAAGCAGGAUUUUUCUUCAGAGGGUUAGGCAUCGCUGCUGGGGAAGUUGAAAUUAAAGAUGCUGUAACAUGUUUCCACUGUGGUGAAAGUCUAAGCGGAUGGACUGAAAAUGACAAUGCAUGGGAAGAACAUGCGAAGUUUUCUCCUAAAUGUAGUUUUAUAUUUUUAUUAACAGCAUUCGAAACAUCAAAAAUGCAUCAAAAUACCAUUUCAAGUACAUUUUUACCCUAUUCUUGGUUACCCAAAGCAACUGAUGAGAAUCGAUGCAGUGUUUGUUUUGAGUUUGCUGUUUCCAUUUCUUUCUCUCCUUGUUCGCAUCAUACGUGUCCGAUUUGUGCCGCUGCUUUGGUGAAAUGCCCAAUUUGUCGAGCGAAUAUUCGACGUUUGACCAAACCAUCAGCAGGCGAACCAUCAAUAGAGUCAGCGCCGGAAUCAACGCCUGAGUCAACGCCGGAGUCAACGCCUGAGUCAACGCCGGAGUCAACGCCUGAGUCAACACCGGAGUCAGCACCGGAAUCAGCGCCGCAAUCAGCACCAGUGGUAGAGCCACCAGCUGGGGAAUCAGCACCACUAGUAGAGCCACCAACUGAUGAAUCAACACCAGUAGUAGAGCCACCAGCUGGAGAAUCAACAUCAAUAAAGGCACCAGGUGUGGAAAAAGAGUUGCAAAAUGUAAAAUCGGCAUCAGCAGAAAAAAUGCCAGAAACGGAAAAGGCCACUGAGAAGUUAUCUAUCUAGUUUAUUCUACUUUCUUCAUCUUUAAUGUAUAAAAUAAAUACAAUUAUUAUAUAUUGCAA